GGGGGAUACUUAAGUCAGUGCUGUACGGUAAUUAAACUUUUACCAAAACUUCCUUUAGUUCAGCCUCCAGAUUCAUCUAUUCAUGUUACUGAUGAAAACCUAGCCAAAAAAUUAGGUAAAAAAAUUGAAGCCUUAGAAUUAUUUUUAAGAGACUAUGUGGUUGAAGCACAGUUAUUAGAUAAGAUUUAUAAGAAUAUUGAAAAUAUUAAAGAUAGAUAA